UACAAAAGUGAUCCUCCGAGAACGCUUUACGGCUCUCUCGUUUUGUUUCUUAUUACAUCUCUUUAUAAAAAAAUCUCUUUACGUGGGUAGAGCUGAUAGCAACAAGAGUUUGAAGGCAGAAAGGAGGAGAAAGAGGUGAUUGGCGCGGCUGACACUCCUACCUCGAGGAUUGCCAGGGAUGGGAAGAUGCCCCUUGAGGUUAAAUGGCCCUUUCCUCGGGCCCCACAUCUGCCCUGGAGCUUGGCCAGUCGGCUGGUCAUGGGGUUGGUGGGCACCUACAGUUGCUUCUGGACCAAGUAUAUGAACCAACUGAAUGUCCAUAACGAAGAAGUGCUAUAUGAGCUAAUUGAGAAGCGUCAGCAAGGCACCCCCCUUCUCACCGUCUGCAACCAUCAGUCCUGCAUGGAUGAUCCACACCUGUGGGGGAUCCUGAAAUUACGGCAUGUCUGGAGCUUGCAGAAGAUGCGUUGGACCCCGACAGCUGCGGACAUUUGUUUCACCAAGGAGCUGCAUUCCCGUUUCUUCAGCCUUGGGCGAUGUGUUCCUGUUUGCCGUGGCGAUGGAGUCUAUCAGAAAGGCAUGGACUACAUACUUGAGAAGCUCAACCAUGGAGAUUGGGUUCAUGUAUUUCCAGAAGGCAAAGUGAACAUGACCCAGGAGUUCAUGCGCUUCAAAUGGGGUAUUGGGCGUCUCCUGGCUGAAUGCCGCCUGCACCCCAUUAUACUGCCACUCUGGCAUGUAGGAAUGAAUGAUGUACUCCCCAAUGCACCUCCUUAUGUGCCCCGAGUUGGACAGAAGAUCACAGUGUUAAUUGGGAAUCCGUUCAGUGCCCGUCCUUUGCUAGAGCGCCUGCGGGCAGAGAACAAAUCAGCGGUGGAGAUGCGUAAAGUAUUGACUGACUUCAUUCAGGAGGAGAUCCAGACACUGAAGGACCAGGCUGAGAGACUGCAUCAGACUUUCAAGCUGCAGGGCUAGCAAUGUGGCUUUGGAUGAGUACUGGAGGCCCUCCCACCAAAGCAUGGAUUGUGCAGACCUUGUGGGGCAUGAUGGGGAAGGAUGCAUGGACUACCUCUAACCUUAGUGAGACCUCCUCACUUUGCCACCUGUCACCCAUGCCAUGCCGCAAGUGGACUGGUAUUGCAUGUAGAGGGUUGGAUGAAGGCUCCCCACAUACCUUGCAGAGCCUCACAUAGCAUCAGUGUGCCUCAUACUCUGUCAUUGUGCCUGACUCCCAAGGGGAGAGGAGGUACACACAAAGGCUAUGGAAUGUGGAGGUUCCUGUUGCCAGAAACUAAGAGGUGCAGGAAAGAGCUUGGGCCCCAAGUUAGCAGCUGCGGGUGAUGGAUGUAUAGGAGCAGGGGGAGGAGUUGGGGGGGUAAGGAAGGCUCUGCCCCUCCUUGCAAUGAUCCCUCUUAGCACCAGCCUGCCUUGCUCAGUGGGGGCUAGAAGGAUUGGUGAUGGGUUCUAUGAGUUCCCUGCUUUUUUUUUUGGUAGAAUCAGUGGAUUUUAUACUUUGCAUUUUUCCAGUAAACUGUCCCAAACCCUGCUGCAGCCUGGGCUGAUUUCUGGGGUACAGGGGAUGAGGUUGGGGAUGGCUUUCUGCACAUGCUGUGGCUCUGUGUAGAGAGAAACACAUGAAAGAAGGAUGUCUCCUCUGUUUCUUAGCAACUCAUCUCUGUUCACAGUGGCUGAUGGGAGUUGUAGUCCAAAACAUUUGAAAGGCACCGGGUUGGGGAAGGGUGGUUUACAGUGUCAGGAAAAAGCAUCCCCCCCUCCCCCACACACACCCUGCUGCCCAGAGGAGGAGACUUUGCUAAAAAGUAGUUAAGGCAUCCCUCUUCAUCUGCCUUUUUCCCUCUCUCUCUCUCUCUGGUGAGCAAGCAUCAUACAGAAAAUAUCAAUUUUGAAGUUGCCUUGACUUACGAUUGUUGUGGGGGUUGGGUGAGAGAAGAUGACUGUGAUGACACAGGCCAGGUUGGGCCCUUCUUCUUCAGCAACAGUGUUGUUGUCCUUCACCAUAAGGUUCCUGGCUUACAACACUAUGUAUAUAUUUAAAAAUUGUUACACAAAAUUUACAAUUGGAAGAACAAGGUGAGUUCUUAAGAAUCCCCCAAACUUCCGAGCAUGGUGGAACUACCAAGAGACCAACCUUAACACCUGCGUGGGCCUGUAGGGAAGGAGGCACUCUUUUCAGAUAUGUUGAGCCUAAUUGAAGAACCUGCAGCAAUUCUUACCCAGAGCCCUAAUGCAAGCAGAAAAGCUGGCCUGAUAGAAUUCAAAGUGAAGUGGCUGCUUAGGCUUGCAGAAUGGGAGGUAGAACUGGCCCAUGAUGUACAUAUUAUAGGUAUGAUCGGUGAUAGCUCCUUCAGGUGAUAGCUGCAGGGAUGAGACUGUGCUGGGACCAUCAAGGGGCAAGCUUUUCCACCUGCCUUGCCCCACCCCUCUGCCUGGGCCUUAUCAGGAGGAGCUGCAGGCUGAGAGGUGCUGCUGCAGGGAUGACACUGUGCUGGGACCAUCAAGGGGCAAGCUUUUCCACCUGUCUUGCCCCCCACCCCUGCUCUUAGUGACAUUUUUCUGGGGACUGCCCUUUACCAGGAAGAUGAAUGCUUUUGGUUUGCUGCUCCUGUUUUUUUUUUACAGAUGUUAGGACUUUGUUAGUUUGAUUUUUUUUUUGUAAAUUGUAUUGUUUUUAUUUGUAUUUCGUAUUUUUAUUUGUGUGUAAGCUGCCUUGGGGGCCUAUUUGGCCGAAAGGCGGCCUAGAAAUAAAACAUUACAUUACACAUGAAGUUCACCACUUGAUACUGCAGACAAGCCAUAAAGAUGGGCCUGUGUCAAUCAACUCAUAGGUGCUUUCUCAAGGCUACACAAAAAGAACAUCUUUUUUCCUUUAAAAGUUAUCAGCUCUUUUGCAGAUCCCAUGUAUUUCAAUAAGAUCUGUGCAAGAGAGCUGCUCAGCUGUUUGCGUCUUUGCUUAUUACAUUUCAGAAAUGUUAUAAUUCUUUCUUUAUUUGGGCCAGCUAGGCUCUGUCAUAGCUUAAUUUAAUUGAUUGUAAUGUGUUUGUGUUUUAUUUUAGUUCUGGUUUUUCCUUUGGAAUGGGGCAGGUUACACAUCUAAGGCAGGGAUAGGGGAGCUUGUGGCUGUCCAGCUGUUCUUAGACUUUACCUCCCAUCAGCCCCAGACAGCAGGGCCAACGGUCAGAGACAAAUGGAGCUAUAGUCCAACAAUAUUUAGCGGGCACCUGUUCCAUACCCCUGCUCUUAAAAAAUACAUUGCUUGGCUUUGUGGGUUUUUUAAUUGCAAAAUCAGGAACUUGUUGAUAGAGUCUCUGCUGAAACUUCCUCUUACUUAGAGAAGGACUCACAAAUGUUUCCAGAGAUCCCAGUCAGUCUCCAACAUUCCGGCUUUGCCAUCCUAUGUAACCUUCCACGUGAGGAAGAGGCAAAAGUUCUAGUUCUGUGCGAUGUUUGACAGCCAUUGUCUAAACCAGCCACACUUGAGUAAAAAUUCUCAGUGGUGGAUGUUGCCGCCUUAUGGUCAGCAUUGUUUCGCUGGGGAAAUACAUGCAAUGAAGGAGAGAGGUGUACUCAGUGCUAACUAGUGAUGCAAAGAUCUGUCAGUUUCAGAUCUCUCAGUUUCUCAUUUUUCCAACCUUAAAUUCAGUUCUCCACAUUUCUGCAGCAAUUUGUGAUUUUAAAAAAAAUUCUCAUGAAAAUUGUCUAGCUGCAUUUUAGUGCGAGUUUCUCCUAAUAAAACACAUUUUUGUGGGCAGUUUUGACAAAUGUACGUAUUUUUGCAAGCCAUUUCUCAUCAUAUAUGCAUUUUAUUUAUUUAAGAUAUUUCUAUCCUGCCCUUCUACCCUACAAUAGGGCACUCAGGGCGGCUACAAUAAAAUUGCACACAUAUAUAAUAAAAUACACAAUAAAAACUAAAACAUAGUAAAUUAAAAUGCAUUUAAUACAAUUAAAAUACAUAAAAUGCAUUAUGCAUACACACACAAACAUAUAUACAUAUAUGUGCAUACACAUGAGGGAGUGAGAAUAAA